UUGGCUGUUCUACAUGUAUGGCAGUUGAUCACAGAAUAUGUAAGGACACAUUCUACAUACCAGAAUUUAUCCAAAACAAUACUUACCAAGUUGAAUCGAGAGACAUUCAAACAAAACUCAAGGAAAUAGCCAAGACCCUUGAAAAACAAGCAGAUAGAUUUAAACAGGAUAAACAAAGGCUGUUAAAGAGGAAAGCAGAAAUACUGGCUGAUAUCAGAAAAUUCCGUCAAGAAAUCAAUGACCAUCUUGACAAGCUGGAGAAAAGUUCUAUUGAUGAGAUAGAAAGUAAAGUCAAAUGUCUUGAAGACAAAAUUGAAGACGGUUUAAAACAGCUACAAGCAAAUAAGUCCAGGAUUAGAUCAGCUAAUGAUAAAUUAGCAUCUACAAACACAAGUCAUUCUGAAGAUUUUGUUUAUGUGAAAAUGGGAGAAGAUGCUGCAAAUGUUGCCAACAAUUAUAUGGAGAAUGCCAAAAUCAAAAGUACAGUAGAAGACAUAGAGUUUCAACCUGACAGAACAAUUCUUACACAGUUAGAACAAAAGAAGACCAUAGGCAUACUAUCAGAGAAACCUACAAAGACUGCUGACAAUUUAUUUCAGAUCAAAGAAAAUCAAUCAUAUAAUGUAAAAGUUAAGUCUGAUAAAGACAGUUGUGAUAUCAUGAGUUCCUGCUGUAUGAAAGAUGGUACAAUAAUUCUAGCUGAUUGUGACAACAAAAAACUUAAACGGUUAAACAGUUACAACUAUACUGUCACAGACUACUGUGAUCUACCUGGAGAGCCAUGGCAAGUAUGUAUGAUUAAUAACACACAAGUAGCAGUAUCUGUUUCAUUUAAGCAGGAAGUUCAUUUCAUUUCUCUAGAAAGAAAUAUGAAAACAACAAAAAAGAUUAACACUGAUUUUGCAUGUUUCGGUCUUGCAUAUGCAAACAAUAAUUUAUAUAUUUCAGAUAGGUUCACAUCAGUAUAUAUGUAUACAUUGUCAGGUAGGAAACUUAAUCAGUUCGGUAAGGAUCAAUCAGGACAUAAAUUGUUAUCUUACAUAUACAGUCUAGCUGUCAGUAAGGAUGCUACUAGGAUUUAUGUUGCUGACUACAAUAAUGAACUGAUAGUACUGGACAACAAUGGUCAGGUUAUUACAUCAUUUGAUGAUAAACAAUUAAAGGGGGCUAACUGUUGUUAUCUCACUGAAGCAGGUAGUGUGCUGGUAUCUGGACAUGGCUCCAAUAAUGUUUUACAGUUUACAUGUGAUGGUGAGCUGAUAGGAGAGGUUAUAAAAGCUGAUAAUGGAAAGGAGAAAAUUAGAUUAGUCUGUUGUAAUCAACAAAUGACAAAGAUGUGUAAAAGUAGAUAUCCAGAUGACAACAUAGAAGUGUUUGACAUAUAAUCAGUAAAACAAAUAAGUCAUGAAAGAAAAAUAAACAUGUUUUUAAAUAUAUGCCUUUCUCUCACAAUGAACAUGUUUUAUUUAUUAUAGGUGAUAAUUUAUUUUGGAAUAUCAACUUUUGAAUGCAU